UAAGAAUGAAAUAUCUAAUGUCAAAAAAUAUUGCUUGUUGCCUCUGUUUUAUACUUGUGGUUGAAUUAAAUUAACAUUUGAAAUCUGAAUGGAAAGAUAAUUAUAAAUCAUACCCAGUAUUACAGUAUACUCAGUGAAAGGUGUAUUUAAAAGAAUGUUACUUAUUUGAACAAGGAAGUUGCUUUAAAAUGUCUUGCAAUUAUGCGGAGGGAUUAUCUCCAUAUGAACACAAGGGUGUUUUGGGUAUACCAGAGAAGUUCGAGCCUAUCGAUAAGUUUAAUGAAAAAUGCCAAAUCCUGGCACAAUUGAUAAAAGAUAGUAAACAUAUUGUUGUACACACAGGAGCAGGUAUAAGCACGUCAGCUGGUAUACCAGAUUUUAGGGGGCCCAAUGGUGUCUGGACAUUAGAAAAAGAGGGCAAAAAACCAAACAUCAAUGUUUCAUUUGCUGAUGCCAAGCCAACUAAAACACACAUGAUUUUGAAGAAACUGGUGGAAAGUAAUAAAGUACAAUACAUAGUCAGUCAGAAUAUAGAUGGCUUGCACUUGAAGUCUGGUUUAUCUCGUAAAUACUUGGCUGAGCUUCACGGGAAUAUGUUUGUUGAUGAGUGUAAUUUGUGUAAACGGCAGUUUGUCCGAAGUUGUCCUGUAGAAACUGUUGGUAAGAAGUGCAGUGGAGUACCCUGUGCAGCAGAGCAUACCACUGGCAGGCCCUGCCGAGGGCGCCUAUAUGAUGGAGUUCUCGAUUGGGAACAUAGCUUGCCUGAAAAUGAUCUGUUGAUGGCAGAGUGGCAGUCUAGCAUUGCAGAUCUCAGUAUAUGCUUAGGCACAACAUUGCAGAUCAUUCCAAGUGGUAACUUACCACUUGAGACUGCAAAAUAUGGUGGCAAACUAGUUAUAUGUAACUUACAACCCACAAAACAUGAUAACAAAGCUGACCUAAUAAUAAAUUAUUAUGUGGAUGAUAUAUUAGAAAAAGUAAUGAAUAUAUUAGAAUUGGAAAUACCACCAUACAAUGAAGCACUGAAUCCUAUGAAAUUAGCAGAAACAACAAUUGUAGACUGGACUAUUGAUAGAAGAGAUGUGCUGGCAUUAGAGAAGAUAUUUAAAGCAAAGUGCAAAGGUGUUAAGAAAAAACGAAGUUUGGUUAAAACCAAGCGAAAUAGUGAAGAAACUAGUACAAACAAAACAGACGACAAAGCAAAAGUGAUUAAACUAGAAGUUAAAGAAGAGAAUGUAUUUGACUUUGAGAUAAAGUCUGAAGUGACUAAUGAAACACCUAUAAUAGAACCAGUUAUAAACACUGGUAUCACAGUAAGUGAAUAGUUCUGAUGAGGAUUUUAUUAUCUCUAAUUGUAUGGUCUUAAGCUAGAAAUCAGAAACAUCCCACCAAUAUAAAUAUGAUUACAUAAUACAGGUUCUAUAGAUUUUAAAUUGGCAAUUUUUUUCAAGAUAAUGCAGAAUCCAGACUUUACAAAAAAUAAAAACCAUAAUAUAAGUCCUGUUGCAUCAUGUUUAAUUUGUAAUUUCGAAAAGGAAUUGACUUUGAAUUGUAUAGUAUUUCCAAAGUGUCAAUAUAAGAUGACCUAAAUAUAAGGAAUACAAUGAGAUCAAAUAAUUAUUAAGAAUAAAUAAUUUAUUAAAAACAAA